AUAUAAAAGUACAGAAAAGCCCCAAAAAUUUUACCAAACCCUAAUUUCUCACUCCGAAAUAAACGUUCUUCAAGACUUUUUCCCUCCUCUCCUCUUCUUUUCCUCUUUCCCUCUCAACAAUACAACUCCUCUUUCCCUCAUCCUCUCUGCAUCUCUUCUCUGUGGAAUUUUGUUUAUUGAUAGGAUAGUAGACGUCCGAUCUGGGAGUAUUCGGUUCAGAUCUGUGACGAGGAUUGAGAUUUCCGACCUCACGCGCCGAGAUCUGGGUGAUACGCGCCGAGAUCAGUUUAAAGGAGGUAUGGUAGUGAAUGGUAGGCCGAUGAAGAGGUUGAAGAGGAGAGUCACGGCAGACCUCAACGACUUCCUUACCUUCCCCGACGACGGUAAUACCGCCGGUACGGGACCGUUCAGGACGACGGUGAAGGAGUUUUUAUCGAAACAUGCGCUUUUGCCGCCGCCUUCUUCGUUGUUUCCUCACCUUCUGACGUGGCAGAUCCUCUUCCGCGUCGGAGAUCUCACUGACGGCGACUGUAACGGCAACGGUGACUCUUCUCCACCUGUUGUCUGCCUCGAUGUAAUCGAAGAAGACGUCGCCAGAUGUAGAUCCGUUUAUUGCGACCAGUGCCGAGUCGUUGGUUGGAGCAGUAAUCCAGUUUGUGCAAAGCGUUUCCAUUUUAUUAUUAAGGCUGAUGGAAACUCAGUUGGGGGUUAUAACAAAUCCUGUGCUGGGUGUGGUGAAGCCCUUCACCUAUCCGAGGCUAGGUGCAAGUCAUGCAAUCAUGUCAUGACCGCAGAAGAUGUUGAAGAUUGGAUGUAUCAUCAGUUAGAGGAUACCAGUCAUCUUCUGCAUGGUGUGAUUCAUUCCAAUGGCUAUGGACAUCUUCUCAGGGUAAACGGUAGAGAAGGUGGAUCCAGGGUGCUUUCUGGAAGUCAUAUAAUGAAUUUCUGGGAUAGGCUCUGUAAAGUCCUUGGAGCAAGAAAAAUCAGCGUGAUGGAUGUUUCAAAGAAGUAUGGUUUGGAAUUACGCCUAUUGCAUGCCAUCACAAAAGGUCACCCAUGGUAUGGUAAAUGGGGUUAUCAGUUUGGCGCUGGUAGUUUUGCUCUGACUCAAGAUUCUUAUAGACAAGCUGUAGAGAACCUUUCUUCUCUGCCCUUGACCAUCUUUCUAUCUCAAGGACGGAAGCCUCGCACUCGUCUGCAGGACUUGAUUUCAUUUUAUCAGUCCUUGUCAGAUAGUGAACUUGUAAAUAUUAGAGAUCUUUUUCUUUUCUUAACUAGUUCAAUCCGUGAUGCCCAUAAACCUGGCUCAGGAGCUGAUGAGGCCACUUGUAAGAAGCGUAAAACUUGCAACUCCAAGGUCUUAUGUGCAUGGACCAGUACUGACAUUUUACGUGUUGAAGAAGCAAUGUUUAGAGUACUACGGGCUGUCUCUGGGCCCAAUUGGGUGAGCUGGCGUGCUCUUAGAGGUGCUGUGUGUAAAGCUGGUCCUCCUGAACUCCUUGAUUAUUGCCUAAAGGCACUCCAUGGAAAGCAGGCAGCUGACGGACUGGUUGUCAAUUCCCGCAGCGUUUCUGGUUCUGGUGCUAUGGAGUAUAAAAUUGAGCGUUGCAACCCAAUGGUCAAUGUGAAUAUAAAUGAGAAUGGAUUGCCUUGUACUCCGAACCUCCCAUCUGAGGAACAUCUGCGUCGAGAUCUGAAGUACUUGUACGAUUGCAUGCUAAACCCAUCAACAAUGUCUAAUCAUGUUCCCUUAAUCAAAAGGGAAGUGGCAGUUGACUCUGCUACUACUGUUCUUGAUUGCAAGCAAUUUUUGAAGGUAUAUCAGCCUGAAAGAUUCUUGCCUAUCCCAAAAUCAGAUGCAAUCCAAGUGCUAUGUGAGGUGGACAUCAUGGAACAAUCUGAUGUACAUUCCAGAAACCCUCCUCCGGAAUUAUUAAUUCUCCCCUCGGAUGCUACCAUUUCUGACUUGAAGGCAGAGGCAUCAAGGACAUUUCAAGAUGUAUACUUGAUGUUCAGAAGAUUCCAAGCUGAUGAGCUAGUUGGAUAUGGUGGUGUGAAUGAAUCUACUCAGGUCAAACUCCUUCUAGGAUCUGCUGAAUUUGUUACAGUCAGAGGAAAAUUCCUGGGGAAAAAUGGGCUGAGUAAGUAUAGAAUGGAAAGAGGAAUGGAGAGAUGGACUGUAGAUUGCUUCUGUGGAGCAAAGGAUGAUGACGGGGAGAGGAUGUUAGCUUGUGAUGUAUGCAGUGUUUGGCAGCACACCAGAUGUGCCGGUAUCCCCGACUUGGAUGCUGUUCCUGCCAAGUUCAUUUGUCUUAGGUGCAGAUGUCUUAGUAAGACUAUGAAUACAAGCGGUAAUUGUAAGGAUGAAUCAGUUGCUGGUGUGGGAUUAGGGAAGAACCUGGCUCAUGUUGUCUAGAGCGUGCUGGGAUUUUUAAUAAUGCUGUAAUAUGUGGGUUCAAUUAUUGAAUUGAGACCAUAUCAAGCAUAUAAUGUAAAUACCAAGUCUUAAGUAUGGCUUUGGAGAGUUGUGGUGUAUGAGAUUGGAGGAUGGCUCUAUUCGAGGUAUAUCUACUGUGUUAUACAUAGUGCAUGGUCUGUACUAUAGGACUUCUCUCAUAUGUUACUUGGUGUUU